AUGUCAGAUUCCAACACAACCGACUUCUCCAACCCCUCCACCUUCAUCCUGCUGGGUGUUCCUGGCCUGGAGGCAGCCCAUGUCUGGAUCUCCAUCCCCUUCUGCACCAUGUACAUCAUAGCCAUCUUGGGGAACUUCACCAUCCUGUUCACCGUGAAGAAAGACCUGAGUCUCCAUGGGCCCAUGUACUAUUUCCUCUGCAUGCUGGCCAUCACCGACCUGGUUGUAUCUACAUCCAUUGUGCCCAAAAUGCUGGCAAUAUACUGGUUUAAUUCCAGGGAGAUCGAUUUCAGUGCCUGCCUCACCCAGCUCUACUUCAUUCACUGCUUCUCAGUGAUGGAGUCUGGGAUUUUUUUGGCCAUGGCUUUGGAUCGCUAUGUGGCCAUCUGCCAUCCCCUGAGACAUUCCACCAUCCUGACAAACCCCAUGGUGACCAAGAUUGGACUGGCUGUGAUGCUGCGCAGCAGCUUGAUUGCAUUGCCAUUUCCAUUACUGGUAAGGCAGUGGCCGUAUUGCAGAACCAACAUUAUCCCCCAGCAGUACUGUGCACACAUAGCCGUGGUGAAGCUGGCCUGUGCUGACACCCGUGUCAGUAAUUACUACGGGAUCUUUGUGGUAUUUUGUGUGAUUGGUCUGGAUGUAUUUUUUAUUGCCCUGUCCUACACCCAGAUCCUCAGGGCCAUCUUCAACCUCCCCACAAAGGAUGCCCGGAUCAAGACUUUUGGGACCUGCAUCUCUCACCUUUGUUCCAUCUUAGCCUUUUACAUCCCAAAUCUCUUCUUCUCCCUCAUGUUCCGGUUUGGCCAGAAUGUGCCCCUGUAUUUCCACGUUCUCAUCACCAACAUUUACCUCUUGAUGCCCCCCCUGCUAAAUCCUAUCAUCUACGGGGUGAGGACCAAACAGAUCCGGGACAGGCUGCACCGGCUCUUUAUUCAUAAAGGGACCUAA